AUGAAUCUACCAUACUCCACUCUGCUACACUCCAUUCUCUCCCUUACUCCCCUCGGCUAUCCCCCUUUCCCUUCCUUACUCCCCUCGGCUAAGGUGAGUUCUCUCCCUUACUCCCCUCUCAAAAACCCUUUUCUCUACCUUACUCCACUCUGCUACACCCCUUUCGGUCCCUUACUCCCCUCAUCUAUACCCCACGCUCUUCACUGCUCCCCUCAUAUAUACCCCUUGCUGUCCCGUAUUCCCCAUGGCUAUACCUCUUUCUCUCCCUCACUCCCCGCGCCUAUACCCUUUUCUCUCCCUUGCUCCGCUAGACUAUCCCCCUUUCUCACUCUACUCCCCUCUGCUACACCCCUUUAUCUCCCGUACUCCCCUCGGCUAUACCCAUUGACCGCCUAUACUCCCCUCGGCACUACCCCUUUCGGUCCCUUACUCCCCUCUGCUAUACCCAUGUCUCUCCUUGACUCCGCCCCCAUGACGUGCCCUUUGAACGCAUCUCCCUUACGCUCUGAACGCACCAGCCCGGCCACCCCCAAAAUCCACCCUUUUUUUUCCUUUACCCCCUCAUCCCCCUUUCCCCUCUCUUCCUUGCACCAUUCUUCCCCCUUACCCCUCUCUGCCUUAUUCUCUUCUUCUCGCUUCCCCCUCUCUGCCUUACACCAGUUCACCCCCUUUCCCCCCUAUGCCUUACUCUCUUCUAACCCCUUCCCCCUUUCUUCCUUACAUCCUUCAACCCCCUUUCCCCUCUCUGCCUUACACCCUUCUUCUCUUUCCUUCUCCUAUCUGCCUUACACCCUUCUCCCCCCGUUCCCCUCUCUGCCUUACACCCUUCUUGCCCCUUUCCCGUCUCUGCCUUUCACCCUUCUUCCCCCUUUCCCCACGCCAGCACAGCGCCCUACGCAUCGGCCAAUCCGCACCUCUCUCCUCAACGUCGCCAAGCCGCUCCCCACGCCAUCGCUGCGCCUCUCCCGGGGCCCUCCAUCCCUUCAAUGCCCUCUCUCCCCUCCAUGCCCUCUCUCGACCCCUUGCCCUCUUUCCCCUAUCUCCUUCACAUCCAUCUUCCCCCCUCCCCCUGUCUGUUGGACACCCUUCUUCUCCCCUUCCCCUCUCUACCUUACACCCUUCGUCCCCCUUUCCCCUGUCUGCGGUACACCGGUUUUCCCCCUUUCCCCUAUCUGCCUCUCACCAUUCUUCCCCCUUUCCCCUCUCUGCCAGUCACCCUUCAACCUCUAUUCCCCUCUCUGCCUUUCACCAUUCGUCUCCCCUUCCUCUCUCUGCCUUACGCUCUUCUUCCCCCCGUUCCCUCUCUUCCUUACAUCCUGCUUCAACCUCUCCCCUCUCUGCCUUACACCCAUUACGCCACUCUGCCUUCUACCCUUCUUCCAUCUUUCCCCUAUCUCCCAUACAUCCAUCUUCCCCCUUUCCCUCUCUGCGAGACACCCUUCUUCUUCGCGAACCCUCUCUGCCUCUCACACUUCGAGAGAGGGGAGGAAGGGAUGA